UCCAUUACGAGCAACUCCGCCGCCGCCGUAAAGCCAUCUCCCCCAUCCGCCGCCGCCGCCACCGCUGCUGGUGGGACGGGCCGUGCGUCCGUUCCAGCGAAGAGGAGCAGCGGGUCGGAGGAGCCGCCGGCGAGGUCGGGCCGCGGGGGAUCGAGAUGGUGCUGUGGGAGCUCACGGCCAUCACCGCCUACUUCCUCGGGCUGAGGCGCACCUACCGCCUCGCGCUCCGCAUCCAGCGCCGCCUCAUCCCGCCCAACCACCCCAGGAUCCGGGACUUCGUCUACAGGCGCACACGGGAUGUCUUCAACGUCGCAGUGUCGGUCCACAAGAACAUUCAGCAGAGAGACAUAGAGGUCGGCCGGAACCUCGGAAACGCGAUCCUUCGCUGGCUUGAUCGCAUGAAGCCAUCAGCGGAGAUCCGCCCCCGUCUUCCAGGCCCACCAAACGGCAGCACGGCCGAGCAGUUCAGACAUGUAUCGAGCGCGAGCAGGGGCGCGGGGGCACAGAAGACCUCCUCCUCCUCCAAAGCUUCGCCCCACGACUCCAGCGGGAAGAUGCUGUUCUCGCGCCUCAACAUUGGGCCCAAGCACUUCCCGGUUCUGCCCACGCUAGCACAGCCCAACAGGAUCAGCGCGAGCAGCCAGUGCAGGCGCUUCUCCUACUCCUACGCCCCGUUCCCGUCGGUCACUGCCAGGAGGAAGGGUGUCUUCCGCGAGGACAUUGCACAGCUGAUGGUGUAAGGAUCUAAAAUACUUGCCAGCGAUCUCGUGUACUGUUUUUUUUGUUUUUGGAACACUGGACUUAGUGAUUUGCCCAGAUCAGAUGUCUGAUGUGUCUUGGUUUAAUAAUAAAGAAGCGAGCGAGCGCAGGGGAAAUUGUCACUGCUGCUGCGGUUUAGGCCAUUAGAUUUGUAACCAAAUGCUCAGAUGAACAGCAUUUCGUGUUUGGUAAUGAACACCAGAACAUGUGCACUCGUUUAUGUGCUA